AUGAUUGAAAUUAGUUCGAACGAAUUGAAUGAUGAUGAUGAUGAUGAUGAAAGUGAUAUUGAGGAUGAUUUGAGUGAAAAUGAUGAUGAUGACGACGAAAAUAACAGUGAUGGUACUAGUGAUGACGAACAUAAUGAUCACAAACAAGAUCAAACUCAACUCAACCAUCAUGGCACAUUUCCUUUUACUAGACUCAAGUAUGUCGUAUUUGAUGGCUAUGGUGAUGAUUUAAUGGUGCCACUAUUGCGAAAGCUUAUGAAUAAGCAUGAAAUUGAAUAUAUUUGCCUCAACUGUUAUCUUUGUACAGAAAUAUUGCAAACUUUGGUCAGUGAAUUUCCAAACCUCAAAACUUUAGAGGUUUCUAAUGUUUUUGGCUUGGCAAAUAUAAAUAUGACCAACAAGUCUGUCACAUCAUUCAUUGUAAAUGACGAGAAUGAUAGCGGUGUAUCACUUGAUUACGAUGAUUUGUUGUGA